CACAGACACGGGCGAGCGGCGUGGCCAAAGACAUCUUUGCGGCUGACCACUACGAACGGAAUCGAGGACAUUACCUCCAGAUGGGCAAGCAGCUUGCCGAGAUGCUUCUCGCCGCACAGAAUCCAAAGCAGCAUUGCCCUUCUUGGCAAUCCGAGAUGGGCGUAGUUGUAGACAUCACCGGCGGCUACCAGACGCAGGGCUUCGAGACGCAGUCGGAUACACCGCGCCCUCGUGAGCCACCAGCGACUUCUUCGGCGGCGAGCGCGAAACGGUCAGCGGAGAACGGAGCCGACAAGCGCUCCUCGAAGGACGACGUGCACGAGGGAGGAAAGCGUCAGACCGACGUCCGCAGCAGCAAGACACCUUCUGCCGCCAGAGGAAAACGGCCAGCAGAGAGCGGCGUUCACAAGCGCUCGUUCGCGUGCCGUCUGUGUUCCACGAUACUGACCAGUAGGCGCAGCCUCAAGGACCACGUGUACUUAGCGCACAAGCAUUGGCGGCGUCAGACGCGCAGCCGCGCCAGCGAGACCACUACUACGGGAUCAUCUGCCACUGCACCCUUGACCGAAGGCGCGCCGGAACCUGGGACAAGCGCUGCGCCGUUAGUUAUCGCUGAUUCUGAUCCCGAGGUGUAGGAAUCAAGUCGUUUGGAAAGCACCUUCAUCUUCCACAUUUAUAUAUUUUUUUUGUGAUUGCGACAAAUGAGCGCGAUGAGUUUCGGUGAGCAAAACACAUUUAUUUGAAUAUUAUGUAUACGCUUCGAAUAAGAAAUCGAAUGCGCGGUUAUCCAAUUUGUUAAUAAAAUAUA